UAAAACUAAAACCGUGUUCCACCCUGACUGACUCUUCUUGUCAUCAACAAAACAUGAACUGGAUGACUUUGGUUUUCUUCUUGGGCCUUCUGUGGAUUUCCCAAGGAGAGAGGAAAAACUUCAAAAAAGAUUUGCAGAAAGGAAACAAAUAUUUUGUUGUGGUUGAUAACUUCAACGGUGUCAUCAAAAAUGAAAAUCACCUGAAACACGGGGAAAAUGGCUGCAUAAUAUUUCUGCAAAAAAACACAACAGGACAACGAAAAUGGAAAAAUUUGUGGCCUGAAAUGAAAACAAGGGAUGGUGCUUUUCUACUGUAUGUAGAAAAAAGGCACAUCAAGAGGGAAGUUCGUCUGACUGUCCUGCAGGGGGAACACUGCACACAAAAACUGUCUGACCUCAAAGGUUCAACAUGUGUCUUCUGUCAAUCUACCACAGGAUCCUGUCAGAUUAGGUGUCUGGAGUUAAAGGACAUUUGUGAUCAAGCACCUUUUGACGAAAACCUCUGCAAGGAAACGGAUCCACAGGUCACUGACAGAUACAUCAUCAACAUAACAGGAACAAAAAAAAACUGUUUCAACUGUAACAAUCCAAUCAAAAAUCCUGAAGACGAACUUGAUCCUGAUGAACUCCAUCACUUGGGUUUUAAAUUUGAAAGUGCUGGAGAAGAUCUUGACACUGCUGCAGCUGUUAAUGUCAUGGAGAAAAUGGGGGACCUCGCCACUUUCAUCAAUACUUCCUCAGCUGUACUGAACUUUGGAGAAGGAGUCACAGGGAUCUUAUUGAGAAAAACAGAACCUGAAGACCUUGAAGAAGUGUCCUUUGCCUAUGCACCCCUGAAUGACAACAUAAGUAUCAUAGAAAACAGAGAUUCUCUCGCUCAGUUCCCCAGAUCUGUUGUUGUGACAAAACAAGCGUUUGAACAAGCCAUCACAUCGAACAUCAGUGUGCCUUUUGCAGCUAUGGUCAGAAUAUAUGAUCUGGCUAAGGAUGAGAAGAACAGCACUUUAUUAGGUAAUGAGGUGGUUGCUGUCGAAAUGGGAGUGCCCAUCUGUAAUCUCACGGACAAAAUACAGCUCAAUUUUCGGAACAUGGAAUAUGAAGGAAUCCCAUCUUGCCGGUCUUGGAGCGGUGAAGGAAACCGACCAGACUGGACUGAUGACGGAAGUGUGACCAUAACAAAUGGAACAAACAUCACAUGCCAGUUUUCCCACUUGACAUUCUUUGCUAUCUUAUUGACUCCUCUAAAUGAAACCACGACUAGUUCAGACCUGAAAAUCCUCUCCCUCAUCACGCAAAUCGGCUGUAGCCUGUCCAUCGUGUUCCUCAGCAUUAUCCUCAUCAUGCACUGCCUUCUCAGGAAAACAAAAGCCAGCACAACAACAAGGAUUCUCAUCCACCUCGUGUUGUCCAUCUUCCUGUUAAACUUCACUUUCCUCAUCAACAGCUAUAUGGCGAGACUAAAGAGCUCAGUGGGUUGUGUGAUCAUGGCUGCUGUCAUGCACUACUCCAUGUUAGCCUCAUUCACUUGGUUUGCUGUGCAGGCCUUCCACCUCUGCCUGCAGCUGUACUCAGGAGGAAAAAUUGUAAUCCGACACUACAUACUCAAAGUCUGCAUCAUCAGCUGGGUUCUACCUAGUGUGGCCGGGAUUGUCCUGAUCGUCAAAGGAAAAUACGGUGAAACAAUAAUCUAUUCUGAUGACCCCAAGGAAAACCAGGUCAUGUGCUGGAUGACAGACAGUAACGCCCACUUCAUUGUCAACAUAGGCUACUACGCGGUGGUUUUCCUCUUCACUUUCACUACCUUCGUCAUCAUACUGACCUGGCUGUUUUGUAACAGGGGAACCAAUGCAGGCAACAUACAAACUGGCAGAAGCAUUGUGACCAUCCUAGGACUUUGUUCUAUGCUGGGUGUCACAUGGGGUUUGGCCUUUUUUGCCUAUGGACCCCUCCUGAUCCCAUCCUACUACGCUUUUACUGUCCUCAAUUCUUUGCAAGGUUUCUUCUUGUUCAUCUAUUACUACAACAUCUGCCGUGCAAAAGACCUCAACACUGCCAGGAAUGGAUCUGACAACUUGAGCACCAGCAGCACUUUUAACACAGAGGUCAGCCCUGAGAACUCCUACAUGAACCUCCCUGGUAGAAAAUAUCUCCGUUGAAAUAUGGGGAUUCAAGAGUGAUGAAGAGGUCAUGAAAAGUUUGAAAUAGUGCAAAGAAUUAACUGAAAUGUAAACUCAUGUAAUAGGUGUUUUUAAAACAUAUAUAUUGUUAUUCAAGUAAACAAGAAUACUUUAUUGCUGAAAUGUUUAGUUUUUAAUGGUUUGGGUUGUUUGUGUUGCACAAUUUCAUUUAAUGAGAAUCAGAGAAGGGAGAAUGUUUCAUGCAAUUGAGUUUUCUUUAAGGUAACAUUGAAAUGUAAUGUGUUUUCUGUUGUUUUUUGGGCCUAAAAACUCUGCUUCAGAGAUCCAUCGGUGGCUUCACUGAGACUACAUUCAUGUUUUAUACAGUCUAUGGUUAUAAUGCUGAAAUACAAAGAGAUGAAACAGAUGGAGAAAUAAGAACAUAUUUUAUUUAGAUCCAGUCACACAAACAUUAAACACACUGUAAUAUUAUACACAUUUAUUUUAGUCAUUUUAAAUUGAGAAUAAUUUUUUUCACUCUUACAACAAGAGGGCUUCAGCUUCCUCGAGAGCUUGUUCCAUCUCAGCAACCUGAAGGGAAAAGUUCUCCCUCUCCUGCAUCAUAUGUCCCCGAGCUUCAGCAAGUUCUGUUAUUGAUGUUUGGAUUUCCUGAAAGUGUUUGAAACAUGGAACAUUUGAAACACGCUCCAAGAGAUCGCAAUUUACAGGCAAAUUUCAAAAAGUUUCAGUGAGUGUGACUCACCUCUAGCCGAGCUUGUUGCUGGGAUGCAAUUCCUCCAAAUGCUUUCAGUUCAUGCAGCAGGUCAGCCGAGAUGCCCUGAAAAACAAUUACCAUCAUGUUUACUAUAGAGAGAAAUGAUUAUGAUAGACAAACUUAUUAAGUAUGACGUAAAUGUCUGGUUCAUUUUUACUAUUUUAUUUUGUUUUUCUCAACUUUUACAAUGCAUGUUCAUACUUUUAUUAAGUGUGUAGUUAUUUGUGUUGUUUACAUUCAUAUACUCUUAUAUUUUAAGUGUGAACUAUAUGGCAGAUUUAAAGAAAUCUUUAUUCCAACACUAAGUUAACUGAAAUAAAAUGUAAGUACCUUAACUUCUUUUCUCUGAUCUUCAUAUUGUCGUGCAGCUUCUCCAACUCUUUCUCCUAAAACUACGAAUGAAAGACAUUUUUUCAUUUUUAAUGAAGCACCAAAAAGAGUCCAAAAAAAAAACCAUGAAAAUUGAUAGAUGCAAACUUACCUGGAUCUAUUUUAGAAGCCACUAGGAGCACAUGACAGUCCUUCAGGUUUUUCUGUACCUGUGUAUUCUCCUUUUCAAGGUCACUCUUCUGUAGCUCCAGCUCAGCUACCCUUUGCUGGAUUAAAAUAAGAACUUAAGUGAAGAAGAGGUAAUGGCUUAAGAAAAUAAACACAGAAAUACAGUACCAUAAGAGCUCAAAACUACCAUGCAUUCUACCAGGUGCCGUACUGAAUAAAAAUACAAGAGCUGUUUUGUUCCUGUUUUCUUUACCUGUGUGUCUGCAAGGUUUUUCUGCAGCUCCUCGUUGGUAGCGAUCA